AUGCUCAGAACGUCGCUAAGAUACCAGCCAAUUAAGCGCUUCAUGUCUGAUCAAGUAAAGUUCGGCACCAAUGGCGUUUCUCGUGUGGUGACGUUGUCAAGACCUGAGAAGCUGAAUGCUCUCUCCACUCAGAUGUGCGCGGAGAUGAUCCCUACACUUGUGGAAUACAGCAAGAGUGAUGUAAAUAACUUGGUGGUGAUUCGCUCUGCCAGUUCACCUAAAGCAAUGUGUGCUGGGGGCGACGUCGCCACAGUGGCACUACAAAAUAUUUCCGGCAGCACUGGACAGUCACUGGAGUUUUUUCAGCAGGAAUACUCGCUCAAUUUACUUCUAGCAACUUACAACCGUCCUGUCGUGGCUUUGAUGGACGGAAUCACAAUGGGUGGAGGCGUUGGGCUUGCUACUCACGUUCCUUUCCGUGUAGCGACCGAGAACACUCGCUGGUGUAUGCCAGAAACUGACAUUGGGUUUUUCCCAGACGUUGGAACAACAUUUUCGUUGCCACAGAUAGCUACGGUUGGUGGUACCAAUGGUCAACUUGCCCUGUAUUUGUGUCUCACAGGGGAUUUGUUGUCUGGAGCUGACGUUUACAUGGCCGGCCUUGCAUCACAUUACGUGCCAAGUCAAAACCUACCCGACUUGCAAGCCAGAUUAGGUGAACUUCCUGUUCACAAAAACUUCGAAGAUAUGUGGCACAUUACAGGAGCUGCCGUGGAAGAGUUUUCUGUUGCAAUUCCUGAAGAGUAUCAAUUCAAAUACUCGAACGCUCAGCUCGACGUCAUUGAGUCAUGUUUCGAUCUAGAGACCUCCACUAGUAUCAAGGCCAUCAGUGCUGCACUUGAGAAGAUAGUGAAGUCUACCUCGGCGUCUCCUGAGGAAAAAGAGUUCGCUCGCGUCACACUUCAGAAACUAGCCACCAAGAGUGCAGUUUCUUUGCAAGUCACAAUCGAGCAGUUCCGCAGAAACAAGGAGUCUGAUGUCGAAUCCGCUCUAAAACAAGAUCUCAUCACUGCUUCCAAUAUGUGCGUGGACCCCGCAUCCGAGUUUUCUGAAGCCACGAAGCACAAACUUGUGGAGAAAAAUAAAAAUCAGUAUCCUUGGACCAAGUCUAGUUUGACCCUCGAGGAGCUAUCAAGACUUGUAUCUCCCCGAGCCUCUUCGUCUGUGUCGUUAUUGAAGUUUCCUGAUGCCCAGACCUGGAAAAAAUACCCAUACCAUGCCCAGUUUAUGUUGCCAACUGAGCAGCAAGUCAAGAAUUAUAUAACAGGCAACGACAACUCCGGUAGGUCGCUGGCCGUGUCUCGCGCCGAGGUCGUCAAAUAUUUCUCCCAAUAUAACCCUUCCUCAAGAGGUAAAACGGGUAUUCAAUAUCUCUGCAAUCAAAUUUGUCUCAGGAAAUGUACUGUAGGCGACGCCGGCGAGCUUCGCUGGAAAAAUAAAGUACUCCAAUAG